AUAUGUAGUGUUUAAUAAAAUCAUUUCAAAUAUUUAAUGUAGUUUUAUUUUUAAUUCUGUAAAAAAUCUCUAAAUAUAGUUUUUUAUUUUCUCUACUUCGAAAUCUUAAUAGUUUCUACCAAUAAACUAGUUUUUAUCACGGCUUAUCAGUUCAUUGAAUUUAAUUGAGAUUCUUUUUAAAUAGUCCAGGAAUAAGAAAGGAAGUAAUUCUUAAAUAGUCUCCUGGUAUCUAAAAAAAUAAAAUCAUCAAGCCAAAUAUAAAUAGAUUUCUUAUCAACAAUGUUUCAACACAAGUUUGGAGCCAGGGCUCUCAUGAGAGAGGGCGGAAAGUUUUUGGGAGCCGCAGAUAACCCAACUCUACGUAACAUAGAAGCAAUACAGCAAAUCUCUGACAUGUUGAAGACGUCGUUGGGACCUAAUAGCAUGAAGAAACUCAUUGUGAACCAUAUCGACAAAAAAUUCGUAACGUCGGAUUGCAACACCAUUUUAGCUGAAUUGGAAGUAGUACACCCAGUGGGCAAGAUAGUCUUAAGUUCAGUAGAGUCACAAAAGCUCCAGUUUGGCGAUGGAACAAAUACCCUGGUGGCUCUUUUGGGAGAUCUCUUAACAAACGCAGGCGAAUUGCUACAAGACGGAGUACACAUUUCAGAUAUCAGAAAAGGGUACGAAAUAGCAUUCAACAAACUGAUGGAACAUCUACCAAGUUUGGUUUGUUAUAAUAUCAAGGAUUUGAGGGACCAUGAAAGUUUGAGAGGAGUACUGUAUAGCGCAAUGAACUCAAAGUUCAGCUAUAUGUCGGAAUUCUUGAGCAAACUAGUUACGGACGCAGUGAUAUCAGUGAUGCCAGCAGACGUAUCAACGUUCGAUCCUCAAAAUGUCAGAGUAGUUAAGCUUACAGGAGGCUCACUCAUGGAAUCCAAUGUAGUCAAUGGGCUCGUGCUAAUUAGAGAACCUUUAGGGUCAGUAAAGAAGGCAUACAACUGCAGAGUUCUAGUGCUAUCAGUAGGUUUGGAGUUUGCAGGACCUGAAACGAAAGGAACCGUAUUGUUGAAAACAGCUGAGCAGCUGUUGAACUUCACCAAGGGAGAAGAGAAGGAAAUGGAAACAGUAAUCAAGUCAAUAAGUGACAAGGGAGUGGGAGUUAUUGUAUGUAACGGAGCAGUCUCAGAAAUGGCACUCCACUUCUGCAACAAAUACAAUAUUCUUGUGCUGAAAUUAAUCUCUAAAUUUGAUCUAAGGAGAGUGUGUAGAACCACAAGGUCACAAGCUGUGAUGAACCUUUCACAACUCUUACCGCAGAAAACUGAUGUCCAAAAUGGAGCAACCGCUGAUGUAAAUGAGGAACUUGGAUAUGUGGAGAGUGUGGAACUAACUGAAAUUAGCAGUAAGAAGUGCGUUAUAAUGAAGGCUAAGGACUCCAGAGUCAACACUAUUGUACUAAAGGGAGCAACAAACAACCAAUUAGACGAAGUAGAAAGAGGAAUCGAUGACGCAGUUGCAUUAGUGGAUAAUUUAAAAGUUGAUGGUAAAUUUUUACCGGGAGCCGGGGCAGUAGAAUUACAACUAUCUGUACUACUUAAGAAGUUCAGCACCUCAGUAUCAGGUUUGGAAAGAUACGCAGUUGAAGCCUUCGCAAAAUCUCUACAAGUUGUUCCUAAAAUAUUAGCAACUAACGCAGGAGUUGAUUGCGAAACACUCCUAACAAACCUUCUAAGCCUCCAUGAGAAUGGAAAGAACAAUUCAUGUGUAGAUGUUGAAACAGGAAGCUGCGGGGAUUCCAUGGAAUUGAAGGUUUUUGAUCACUAUCAGACGAAACAUAAUUUAUUAACACUGUGUUACGAAGCACUGAUGACUAUACUAACAGUGGACCAGAUCAUAGUAGCAAAACCAGCAGGAGGCCCAAAACCGCCAAGUCAAAAUAACCCAGAUUUCUAAACAAUCAGUAAAAGCGCUGUAUUUUAAUAUGAUAUAAUAUAUUUUAGAUC